AUGGCGGCACUGAUGAUAACUAGAUUUGGGAAUCAGCAGAGGCCAAAGAAAAAUUACAAUCUUCAGUGUGAUGUCUGCCACAUGAAAGGCCACACUAAAGAAACUUGCUACAGGGUAGUAGGAUAUAAAAAAGAUAAAAAAUUUAGGAAGAAGUACAACUCACAGGCAACAGUUAACUUUGAGGCUGAAGAUGUUCCAACAACCACAAUUGGUUCCACUCUUAUGGCUCGCACAUUUACUCAAGAACAAUAUCAACAAAUUUUACAACUGCUUAAAGGCAAGAAAACUGAAAUAGCAGCUAAUGCAACAGGAAUGGAUUCAAGUAUUAUAAUGUCCCUAAUGUCUAACUUGGAUCAAGAUGUUUGGAUUGUAGAUAGUGGUGCCUCUAAUAAUAUGGAUCUCUAUACUGGGAAGGCGUUGGGGAUUGGUAGUGAAACAAAUGGAUUGUGCAUACUCAAAUAUUGCAUACGCAGGAGGAAGCUUUCUACACCAACUGUACAUACCACAAUCAUGCCUACUUCUAUGUCAGUUAGUCGAGAUUCAACAAAGCUGGGGACAUGGCACCAGAGACUUGGCCACCUACCUAUGGAGGCACUUAAGAGGAUUGAUAAAUUCAAGAAUCUCCACAUUAGUAACAGAAACAGUGAUUGUGUAAUGUGUCAUGUUUGUCCAUUAGCUAGGCAGACUCGGUUGCCAUUUCCAGUUAGUACUAGUAGAGCAAAGGCUCCAUUAGAUCUUUUGCAUGCUAAUGUAUGGGGACCAUUCAGAGUACCCACUUAUGAUAGCAAAAGGUUUUUUCUUAUAGUUGUGAAUGAUUUCUCUAGAAUCACUUGGCUCUUCUUGAUGAAUGCUAAAGAUGAGACUUGUUGGUUAAUGAAAAGAUUGUUCUCUAUGAUCAGUACUCAGUUUGAUUGUUCUGUUAAGAUCUUGAGAACAUAUAAUGGCUCUGAAUUUGUUAAUUUAAAUAUGAAGCAGUUAGUUGAGACAUUAGAAAUUAUACGUCAAACCACAUGUGUUUAUACUCCGCAGCAGAAUGGCAUAGUGGAAAGAAGAUAUAGAUACAUCCUUGAAACAACUAGGGCUUUGAGAUUUCAAGCUGCAGCACGCCUAAACUUCUGGGAUCACCUUAGGGUCUUUGGGUAUUUAUGUUAUGCUGUAAAUGUAAGGAAACAAGACAAGUUCUCUGCUAGAGAUGUGGUGUUUAAGGAGCAUGUAUUUCCUUUGAAACAAAUGAAGAUGCUACCUAAUCCCUUACUCCCAGUUCUUGAGUUAACAAGUGAGCAUUUACCCUCACAUGUUCUUGAUGUUGUUCAGGAGGGUCCACCUACAUCUACCAAUAACUUUGCAUUUAGUGAUGUUGAUUCACCAAUGAGUCCUGAGGCACAAUUUGAUAUUCCUGCAUCAUACAAUGUUGACACUCCUCAAUCUUCCUCACAUGUAGAGGAUGCUCAACCCAUUGCAGUCAGAAAGUCCCAAAGUACAACUGGUCCUCCCAGAUGA